GCUCGCGCGCACAGCCGUGCACACUCACUCGCAUUGGCACGCGCCUGCGUGCACGCGCUCGCGUGGAUCAGACGUGGUCGGCUGCCCAGCCUUUACUCUCUGGGCGCGCACACGCAGAGCCGCGCACGGAGUCACACACGCGCGCUCACACCCGCACGCUCCACGCCCCUGGCGGCGGCCCGGGCGUUGUGCUGCUCGAGCGACGGGCGGGGACCCGGGCGGGGGCGGCGGCGGCGACAGCGGAGGAGGCGGAGCGGGGUAGCCGGGAGCGGGCUGGCCCGCGCUCCUCCUGGCGGCCGGGGAUUUUCCAGCCUGGGCGCUGACGCCGCGGACCUCCCUGCGGCCGCCGCGGACCAUGGGCGACAAAGGGACACGAGUGUUCAAGAAGGCAAGCCCCAAUGGAAAGCUCACUGUCUACCUGGGAAAGCGGGACUUUGUGGACCACAUCGACCUUGUGGACCCUGUGGAUGGUGUGGUCCUGGUGGAUCCUGAAUAUCUCAAAGAAAGGCGAGUCUACGUGACACUGACUUGCGCCUUCCGGUAUGGCCGGGAAGACCUGGAUGUCUUGGGUCUGACUUUUCGAAAAGACUUGUUUGUGGCUAACGUGCAGUCCUUCCCACCGGCCCCGGAGGACAAGAAGCCACUGACUCGGCUACAGGAGCGGCUCAUCAAGAAGCUGGGCGAGCACGCCUACCCCUUCACCUUUGAGAUCCCUCCAAACCUUCCGUGCUCAGUGACAUUGCAGCCAGGGCCUGAGGACACAGGGAAGGCCUGUGGUGUGGACUACGAAGUCAAAGCCUUCUGUGCGGAGAACCUGGAGGAGAAGAUCCACAAAAGGAAUUCUGUGCGGCUAGUCAUCCGGAAGGUUCAGUAUGCCCCAGAGAGGCCUGGCCCUCAGCCCACGGCUGAGACCACCAGACAGUUCCUUAUGUCGGACAAGCCCCUGCACCUUGAGGCAUCUCUGGAUAAGGAGAUCUAUUAUCAUGGAGAACCCAUCAGUGUCAAUGUCCAUGUCACCAACAACACCAACAAGACUGUGAAGAAGAUCAAAAUCUCGGUACGCCAGUAUGCAGACAUCUGUCUCUUCAAUACAGCUCAGUACAAGUGCCCAGUGGCCAUGGAGGAGGCUGAUGACACUGUGGCACCCAGCUCAACGUUCUGCAAGGUCUACACACUGACUCCUUUUCUGGCCAACAACAGAGAAAAGCGGGGCCUUGCCCUGGAUGGGAAACUCAAGCAUGAAGACACAAAUCUGGCUUCCAGUACUCUGCUGAGGGAAGGUGCCAACCGUGAGAUCCUGGGGAUCAUCGUGUCCUACAAAGUAAAAGUGAAGCUGGUGGUGUCUCGGGGCGGCCUGUUGGGAGAUCUUGCAUCCAGCGAUGUCGCUGUGGAGCUGCCUUUUACCUUAAUGCACCCUAAGCCGAAAGAGGAGCCCCCACAUCGGGAAGUUCCAGAGAGCGAGACUCCAGUAGACACCAAUCUCAUAGAGCUUGACACCAAUGAUGACGACAUUGUAUUUGAGGACUUUGCCCGCCAGAGACUGAAAGGCAUGAAGGAUGACAAAGAUGAAGAGGAUGAUGGCACCGGCUCUCCACACCUCAACAACAGAUAGGCUGGGGCCAGCCCUCGCCCUGGCAGCUCCAGGUUCACUUUUGCACUCGGAUGCUUUCUCGUCUCCUUCCGUUCUGGUUCCCCCUUCCCUUUUGUUCUUCCAGUUUCUACCAAGGGGCCCCAGUGGUCUUCCAAGUCUCGGUGAUGAGCCUCUGGCCUCAGAACUGGCCUCACAUCACCAUGCCAGCAGGACCACAGCACACAUCCUCCUCAGCCAUCUCUCUGCGAUCACUUAUCCACCCCCUUUUCAUGCUCGUUCCCACAAAGGCCACACACACUACCUGGCCUUGGGAUUUGACUUGAGUUGGAGAGCAGAAAGGGAAGGGUGGGGCCAGAGUGCCAAAGUGAUGGUGGGUAUGAAGAUGUGGAGAGGUUGGGCAAGAUGGCUCAAGGCACAAGACACAAGAAGAUGUCUGCAGUCCCAGGAGGUGACACAGUUUUGGCAGCUAAAAGAUGACUGUAUUGAAGGCUGGAGAGGGCAGGACUGUGAAUAGAUUCUCUUUCUCUCUCUCUCUCUCUCUCUCUCUCUCUCUCUCUCUCUCUCUCUCUCUCUCUCUCUCUCUAGGCCCACUAGAGACUCCUUCCCCUCUGCCCUCAUCCUUGGUCCAUGUCCUUGUAUUUCAUGGGGGGGGGGCAAAUAGACUGCAGGAGAGAAGAGCCGACUUUCUAACCAGCAGACACCUAGAUUGGUGCAGGCUACAGAUUCAUCCAUACACUUGUUAGUACAGAUAGGAUGAGUCGCCUUAGCUUUGUUGCAUUUUGUGUGGGGGCACAAAGAGGGAAAGCAAGUCUUUGAAAAAUACCAGCCCCUAGCAGUGAGCAAGAGCUACUGGGAAGGUUUUCUGAGAGGGUGUAAGAGAUGGGGCAGGCCAGGGGAUGAACAUUCAUCCUCCUUCUUUCCCUUAGUGGAUAGUCCUGUAGGAAGCAAGGAUAGAGGACCACAGGCAGCUGAAGCCAUCAGUAUCUUCCAGCUUCCUCUAGUAGUUUUCCAGUUACUUGUCCCUGUAAGCUAGAAGAGAGAGAGAGGUGCCUGAGGCCACCAUUCCUACUGUUAAGGGAGUUCCCAUAAAGACAUACUCUCCAAUAGGAAAGCACCUCCUUUCCUGGAGGAAUUGAUCCCAUUAGUAUCCAGGGUCAUGGGCACUCAGUAUCCAUUAGCUGGUGUUAGUGUGACUUGAAUGGAGUGUUUCCUAGGGUAUCAGGGCAGACAGGUGGUAAAGAUAUCCUUGUUUGGGCUUUGUUGCAAACUUGUGUGACCUUGGGUAAGUUCCCUCCCUGUCUUCAGACCUCAGUUUCUUGUUGGAAAGCCAGAAGGUAGACCAGAUGACCCCAGAGUUUCCAGUUCUAGUUUCUGUAUAUUGGUGGUUCUCUGAGCUUCUAGUCUACCAGGUGGAGCUGAGGCUGCCAACUGCCCCAUCUGCCUUCAGAGGAGAUUCAUGGGACCUCAGAGGACUCAGGGCAGAACACUGAGGGCACCUUCUUGCCUAGGAAGGGUCACCCUUGGGCCCUUGUUGGCUUGUCUGAUGUCAAGUUGUGGUCACAGCCUUUGUGAAUUUCUCUGUCCCAGAGCUUAUAUUUGCUAAGGCUUGCAUGAGAAGUGUGUGGACUUGGGUUUAUCAAAUAUAUUGAUUAGCAGGGCAAGAGGAUGAUCUCAUCUCGAUUCAUGUUCUCCUUUCCUCAGUUCCAUACUUGCCUGAGAAGGGGGACCACAACUUUUGUUUGUUUUUGAAGUAGAGUAUCAUGUAGCCUAUGCUAGCUAGCCAUGAACCCACACUAUGUAGCUGGGAAUGAUCUUGAAUUCUUGAUCCUCUUGUCUCAAGUGCUGGGAUUGCAGGCAUAUCACACUACUACUGGCUUCACAGGUUGGAAUUAUACAGAUUGGACCCAAUUAUACUGACCAGAUCCCAUUUUCAGUCCCUCCUGCCCCAUGAUUGCAAUACUUUAUCAUGGUGAAAUGAUCCAGGCCCACUGGCCCUGUACCUUUAAAUCUCAUAAGCAGUCUACUCAAGGCACAUCUUUGCAGAUUAGAACAGUCAGUUUGGGGCAAUAGUAUUUCCUGACCUGCCCUGGGAUCAUAACUGCAGGCUCCCCUAGAAUCCAGACCCUGCCAGAGCUAGCUGGGUACUUUUGCACCUACAGAACUGAUAAAAAUCUUGAAUGGUAUAAGGCAAGCACGUGCUCUUCACUGGCUUCCACUAAAAUCUUUGGGGCUGAUACAAGGCCUUUUAGCAUUUGGGCUAACCUCUCCCUGGUUGCUUGAACUUCCUGUACCUCAGCCUCCCCACUCACCCUUUGGGUUUAUCCCACAGAUCUCCUGAACUUCCUCCAGCUGCAGGGUGGUACCAGAGCACCCUGUGCUUUGAGUUGGGCCACUCUAAGGGCAAUGGUCAAGUUGGAUUGCAGCCAAACCAUCCUUGGCUGACAGCUUUGCUCCUUUAUUCUGGGUACUGUAGACAUUGAGGUGGAUUUCUCCCUAGAAUCCCUGUCUGUAGAAAACUCCUGGCAGGGGGAAAGUCAGAAGAUAGUACUGACGGCUCUGGCUGCAGCCUGUCCAUGCAGUGCCUUGAUGUGAGUUUGGACAGUGUCCCUUCCAGGUGGAUUCAAACCCACACUGGAAAUUUCACUGUGUGAGGCUGGAAUUUGGUGUCGCUUGCCUCUACUCCACAGUAGUGUGCUGCCUUACUGGGUGAGAUACACAGGCUAAUGUAUUUCUUUGGCCUCUUCUUCAGUAGCUGGCUUAUCUCUGGUCUGGGCCUCUGGUCUGCUCCAAACACCAUGCCUGACUCCCAUCUCAUGACAUGACCUAGUAUUUCUCUGUGAGCCCUUCUCUGUCCUGGAGUGUUCCUGGCCAGGAAAUGUUUUAAGAGUGAAGCAGGAGGCAGAGGAGCCUCCUGAGGUCCCAGGCACCAUCUAGUGGUAUUGGCUUUUCUUGUGCUUAGGUACUGGGACUUGUGCCACCAAACAGCCCACACUGGGACUUUCCAGUAAACCAAAGGGCACAUGUUGAUGCCAAUCUGGGCAGGAAGAGUAUGCUUUGGUAAAAGCUCAUGAAUAGAGGGUGAUUGGACUUGCCCAGUGCCCCAGCCAAGAGAAAAAUUUAGUUCCCAGAAAGAUAAGGACUGAGUUGCUUGGCCGAAUCCCCUGACUAUUUCAGCGUUAGAGCCCAGAUGGCUCCUGCUGGAGGGUGGAUGACAAUCUGAUUCCCACCUUGUGCAGUGAAAGGGACCAUGUCCUGAAAGUCCUCAAGACCACUUCUCAGUCCAUACUAACUGGAACAAUAGCCUUUGUCUGCUUUAUUUGUGGGAUUGCUAUGGAGUUGAGAGGAGAGCCAAGAGCCAGUACUCUGUAGGCUGCAACCUACUGCCCAGGGGUGGCCCUGUCACUGAAGGGAUGAGGCCCAAGGUCACACAGGAAGCUUGCUGUGGAGUGAGCCCUCUGUUUGCCAGUCUCUGUCUUCUGUCCUAAUUUUUCCUGGUUAGAUUAUCAGCCACAAUGACAAUCAAUCGUUGUGGCCUUGGUAACCACACUGGGGGAGAACUGUAGGUGCUAUUGUCCAAGUAUGGGUUCCAGCAACCAGGACACAGAAGAUAUGGAUGUUGUCAGUGAUUGGGGGACAGGAGGAGCAUCUUGGACUCUCCUGGGACUGGAGUCACUCACCUCCUAGAGCCCACAAAAGUCAGGAGACCUAGACUCCUGCCACAGGUGAAGGAAAUGAACCCACCAUCAUGCCACCCGAGAAAUCCAAGGGUGAGAGGAAAUAGAUGUUGCCUCUUUUAAGUAUAAGGUCCCUCUGGGAUCAACAGAAACACCACAGCUCCAUGGAAACCUUUGGGAAGGUCCAGUUCUCUUGCUCUGAGAGCUGAGCCCUGGCUGAUCCACUCAUAGUAGCUUCCAUAUCCCAGAGGCAGCUCUCUCUCCCACCAAUGGCUAAAGACUCUGUGUGUGUGUGUGUGUGUGUGUGUGUGUGUGUGUGUGUUUGUGUGUGUGUCCAUUCCACCAGAGAAGGGCAAGGCUCUAAGCUUAAGCUCCCAUGACACAGGCAGGCACCUGUUCUGAGAUUUGCUCUUUUUAAACUUAAGGACCAAACGAGACUCUUCUGGUUUUUACCCACAGAGCCUGUCUUGGGCCUGGUCCAGGCAGCUCUUAGCUUCUGCCUUCCUCCUGGCCUGAAGCAGCCUACUGGUGGGGUCAGAUCCACGCCUCUGCCAUCUCCAUGCACACCAGUUUCACAGGGAGGCCUGUGGAAGGGAAAGCACCCCUCAACAUUAGCAACUUGUCACCCCCAAAGGGGAAGUCACUGUCAAAGCACAGGUCCCUGGGACCCACUCUCUGCCCCAGGUACUGUGGACCUUGGUGUUCCACACAGCCUUGCCGGGGUUGCUGCCAGGGGAAGUUUGGGAAGAGGGAGAAAGGCCCAGUCUCUGGCCUUCUCCUCAUUCCCACUUCCUCCACAAUAACUGCUUUUAACUCUCUCAUCUUUUGAGGUUUCACUUUUAAACUCUGCUUUGAAGAAAAUCUUCAAACCACCAUUUUGAGGUUUGAUCUUAGACCAGCAACCCAGGCUCUCCUCUUGCUUUUGUGUGUUGGGGUGACUCCCGCAUCCUGACACGAAGAUACUGCGUGUCGGAACUCAGGUCACCAGGUCGAGCAUUUGAACACACACGCUUGUUUUCUAGUUGGGAAUGAGCUGGAUGUGGGCUGGGCCUGAGGCUCAGUGAGGUAGGGCUUGGCCCUGAUUUUGGCAGGUGCUUCAUGAGGAUUACAGAGCGAGGAGCCAGGUCCACCGUCCACUCAGGACUUGUUCUCAGGCAUAGCCCAUGUCUCUACAGGAAGAGCAGGGCAAUGGGAGGAGGAGCUAGGGCUGGCUUCUUUAUACAGCCAAGGGUGGUAAUCCAGGUUCAUGUAAGAGAUACACCAGGGAGGCUGGAAUCGCCAGACACAUUUUACGCAUGUCUUCCUUGAGCGAAUCUCUUAGGAUUUCACUUCCACACCUAUGGAUGUCCGUGUGCACAGUGCACAGCAGGAGGCUUUUGUGCCCAAAGAGGCUGGUUCCCCCUUCUGCAGUCCACAGUGUCCCCCCAUGCUGGUCUGCACUCUCAUGGAAAUUCCCUUGCAGGACAGCUCAUUGGGCUAGCCUUUGACACAGUCCUCCUGGGCCCACCUCCUGGCAUUCGGUGAGGAUUUGAAGCUCAGCACUGCUAAUCACAUGGCAUGGGAGAGAGUGUGGCUUCUGAGACCCCACUGACCUCAGCUCCCCGUGUGUAAAGGGCUAGUGCCAGGCUCCUCCCACCUCACAGUGACUACUGGAAGGGACAUAAGUGGGCAGGAAGAGAGGUCCUAUGAGGUGGCAGCCUAUGGGAGGGAAUUGGGCCUUGCUUGGGUUACUGAACUACAGAGCCCACAACAGAAUUACAAUACAAUAUUUUGUCUUCCCGGGGCAUUUCCACUCAUUGUUAGGUCCAGUCGCAGCUGCUGUGGGCUGCCUCUUCUGAGGAGUGGGAGCUGAUGUGUGUCCUGGGUGUGGUGGGAAGGGGUUGGUGGGGCAGCCUCAGGCCUGUGACCCUCUGUGAAGUGAUGAUUUGUGGCACAUUCAUUCCUGGACCACAUCCAGGUCAACCUGUUGUACCUGUGGCUGCCUUUGUUCUGUGAAGUCAUUAUAGUUUUAUUCAACUCCAACAGGACAGAUGAGCAAAAGAACCUUGAACAAGAGGCCAUUAAAGGCCUUUUGUGAUAGAGAA